GCCACUGAAGCGUUCACAUUCGCCGUGUUGAGUUCAUCUUUCUGUAAGGAUAAUUAUCGCUGCACGAGGCACCCUACUAUUAUUUUAUUGUUUUUGGAUUUUCUCGCUUCAAGAUGAAGUCAAAAGCCGUCGUACUUAUAAUAUUCUUGUUAGUACUGGUCUUAACCAUCAUAUAUGUAUAUAAUUUGACCAAUCAUUCAGAAUACAACAAGGGUGAAAUUAAAACAGAUCAUGCACAAGAAUCCGUACCAUCCCAUCAGGCGAUGAUGACAUUUAAGAAGCCAAUACCAUCACGCCAGAAGAUGACAACUAGGCAGCCAUUACCUAAGAUACAUGCCAUAGUUACCAUGCCAUUAUUAACCAAGAAAGAUUUGCAGACAAAAAAAUACAAAACAUCUACAAUAGAAAAAAUUAAAGAACGAAUGUCAGAAUUUAUAACCGGCCUACAAAACACUUUAAACCAUGAAUGUAUUUAUCGUGUUCAUUUUCUUUAUAACGAGUCCGAUGUUGUCGAUUACGUUAAAGCACAUGUUACAACUAAUACGGCCAAAUUGGUGUUUAAUCGCGUUGAAGACCCGCGAAAGCAUAUCACGUAUUUUGACUUCGCCUAUGAGAAGCUUCAAGGAGAAAUUGCCAUGUAUACGCCCAUCGAUGUUUAUCCUGGAGAAGGGUUCGAAUUGAUCAACAAGGAUGACCUGAUUUCUAAGAAGCUGAUGUAUAUUCUAACAAGACAUGGUAAACAAGAGAAAAACUGUGAUAUGGGAAAAAUCAGUAACAAUUGUGAUAGAAAGCUUUAUUUCGGCUCUCACGAUUCGUACAUCUUUGUACCUAACGGACCCCUAUCUCCCCAAAUCCGAAAGGCACUUAAUUUUUGGUCAAUAGUGUGGGGUCAGGAAAAUAUAGCCAUACACACUUUUAGAAAUUUGGGACACUUUAAAGUGACCAAUCCAUGUGAAGUAUUAUUUAUAUAUCAUAUACAUUGUAGUAAUUUGCGUGAUACUACUCGAUACAGAAUAAAUACGAAAGCAAACACGGGGAUGGCUCCUCCUACUGACACUUUAACAUAAGUUUUAUUGUAAGGCCUACAACAGAAAAGAAGCAUCUUAUUUAAUAAUACUCUGUAAUUUCAAUCAAUUAUGCUUCCUAGGGAUGACGUCACAUAUUCUGACGCUGAUAAGAUUUAAUUCCGACAAUCAAAUAUCAUAGUUAAUCUUUCAAUGAUAAACACGUUUACGUUAAUUUUGAA